CUCCCUCUUUCUCUCACACUCUGUUUUUGCGUUUCGCCAAAAGAUGGGUCCCUUCGCUCUCUGCACACCCCAUCGUACCUUUUAAAAUCUUCACGAAUCCGCAAUAUCCCUUCACUCACUCACUCCCUCUCACUUAAAUCUUUUUCUCUCUUCUCUCUCUCUCUCUCUCUCUCAUGGCGGAUAACUUGGACGACGGCGAGUUCUGGCUCCCGCCGCAGUUCCUCGCCGACGACGACGUCGUUUCGACACCCUUUGACGCAAAGUUCCCAGCUUUGCGCGACGACGCCGUUUUCUUCCCCUCCGAGUUCCCCUACGCUGGUGUCCGUUCUUCCGAGCUCGGUUCUCCGGUGGACUCCACCGUCGGCGGCUCCAGCGAGACCGAGAGCGACGAGGAGGAGCAACUCGUCGCUGAGUUAACUCGCCGCAUGGCUCGCUCUUCUCUCCUACCUGAAGUCAAGUCUGUGGGUGGGUUUGUCUCUGGUUCACCGCAGUCUACUCUUUGCGCGUUUGGAAGUGGGUGUGGUUGUGGAAAAAGUUCGAGCCAGGGAAGCCCCAAUGGUGUUUGUAAGUUGUCCUCAGCGAAAACCACUUGGGAUCUGCUGCAUGCGGCUGCAGGGGAAGUUGAGAGGAUGCGUUUGAGUCAAGAGAGUUAUGCUUUCAACAACCAAAAUGAACUCUUGAUGCUUCCUCAAAGAAAACCCUCUCCUGUUGCCACCUUACCCUCUAAGAACUCUGAUGUGGUUUUCUACCCCCAACAAUCCCUUUCUCACCACCAGCAGUUGCAAAUAGCACAAUUUCAGAUGCUGAGGCAGCAACAGCUGGCAAAGCAGCAGAAUUCGGUGUGGAAUGUGCAGAAGCAAUGUGGUGGGGUUUACCCUCAGAGGCAAAGCAACCAAGUGGCUCUCACUAGAGUUAGAAGCAAUGAUGUUAAUGUUAAUGGUGUUGGUGGAAGGAACGUUAGGCCUUUGGGUUUGUCUGCGUCUGCAUGGCCUCCACUACAACAUGCGAAGCAGCAGAACCAGCAAUAUAACAAUGGAAUGAGGGCUGUGAUUCUCGGAAGCCCUUCUGGGAGAAGGGAGUGUGCUGGCACUGGGGUGUUCUUGCCACGGCGAGUUGACAACCCUGAGCCGCGAAAGAAGCCAGCGUGUUCGACUGUGCUGGUUCCCACUAGAGUGGCGCAGGCCCUAAAUCUGAACCUCGAUGACCAGCCGCAGCACUUGCAGCGAUUUAAUUCCAACAUAGAAAAUGGUGCUUCAGCGGUUUCCAGGGUGAGGAGUAAUUAUAUCCUUUCGAAUCAGAAACGUAACCUCAAGACUCAGCCAGCGGUGUAUCAUGAAAUUAGACUGCCACAGGAGUGGACAUACUGAUACUGAAGCUUGUGGAUGAAGGGGAGAAUAGUAUUAUGUUUUUUUUUUGUUUUUUAAGUAGGGUUCUUUAGGAAAAGGGGUAGGGAUUGGAGGGGGUAGAAAUGAAAAACGUAGUCUUCUACAGAAGAGUAGUUUAUAGAAGAAAUAGGUUUUUGUUGGCAAUUGGGGGAAAAUGAAAAAAAGAUGCUAAAUGAAAAAGGCAAAGCUUUGGUGGUGGGAAAAUAUAAGAUGGUCUAUUUGUUUUUUGUUUGGUUUGGUCACAAUAGUAGUUAGGGGUUAAAAAUAAUAUUAGGAGACUCUGGAAACAGCUAGCAAUGGUGCAGCAGGGCUGAAAUUGCCAGUGAUAUCAGUUACUUUUGUUCUUUUUGAUGGGCUUCGAAAGUCACAAGGAAAGACAAAAACGGUGGAUGGGUCAAAUUUUUUGCCCUUUUCUUAUUUGGUGCUUUAGGGUAAUAAACUAGAGUUUGGGAAGCCAAUGUUAGCAAUUUGGAAUGGCUGAACAGGGUUUGCAGUGGGAUUUACAGCUCCUUCCAAUAGUUGAGUCAAUUUGGAAUCAUUUUGGGGGAAUACUUACUGAUUCCAACCUGUCCACCCGCAUUACUUUACUAUAAAUAAUAAUGCAAGUAAUUUUCAUUAUGUUGUCUCAUUUUCUGAUAA